AUGUCUGAGCAGAGUGACGCGCAUCCCUUUGUUCACUGGGGACAAAACGAAACACAUGUUUUUCUAUCUAUUCGCCUAGGUGAUGCUCAGGAUGUCCGCGUAGAUAUUGAAGAUGAAGUAUUGCACUUUGAAGGACUCGGAACCGGUGCUCACGGUCGACGUGCGUACAAAUUUUCUCUCGCCUAUUAUUUACCUGUGAUUGCGAAGGAUCGUCACAAUGCAGAAAUGAAGGAACUGGAAAAUGAAGAAAUGUGGGAAGCAUUCCUAAAGAUUCUAAAACAUCCGUUGACCAUUUACUUGCUCCUAUUCAAUCUCUUCCAAUUUGCCGGAUUCUUAUGUGUUUGGGGAACACUGAUUUUGCAUUGGCUUCAACCGAAUUCUCCGGAAUAUUCAAAUUGGUACGAAUUUGUCGUGCCCCGAUUGGUGCUGGUCCAGUUGGUUCAGCUUUUUGAACCACUUCAUGCCAUCCUCGGCUGGGUGCGCACCAAUCCGCUUACAUCGCUUGUCCAAGUUCUCGGUCGUUGCUUUGGAAUGUUCUUCAUCGUCCUGCCUCAUCCGGAUUUCCGGUCAAGCACAACUGUGUUCUGGCUGUUUUUCGCAUGGAGUUCCAUCGAAAUUGUACGCUAUCCACACUAUACGGUCUCACUGCUUGGAUUUGAAAGUGGAUUGCUAACAUACUUGCGUUACACGUUAUGGAUUCCACUGUACCCGAUCGGUUUCAUAUGUGAAGCGUUCUAUAAGUUAAUGCGUCACAUGUAUCUCCAACGACGUCGUGUCAUCGGCCCAAGACCUCGUGUCGGCUCAGAUCAGAUGGGAUUUUUCUCAUUUGUCCCUAUGUUACGAUCGUUGAUCUAUGGGAAGAAAGCAGCACUAGAUGGACCGGUAUUAUCUCGACCUUCCAGGUCACGGCGUACAUUGCCCUCUUCGAAUAUCGGUGUUCCUUUGUCCAAAUUGCAAUAA